AUGCUCUUCCUUUUCUUAUUUCUCUUCUCAUUCCCUUCAACUAUUCUUUCCAAUCGGAUCUUUAUCAAGCUCCCAUUGCCAAAGAAUGUGACAAGUCCUUACUCCUUUGCCUUUGACCAGCUCGGCGGAGGGCCCUACACUGGUGUCACAGAUGGUAGGAUUUUCAAAUAUGGAGGGCCUAAAGUUGGCUUCACAGAAUUUGCCUUCACGGCACCAAACAGGUCCAAGGAAGUAUGUGAUGGCACAAGGGACAUAAAUUUGGGACCCAUCUGCGGAAGGCCAUUAGGCUUGGGUUAUGACCAUUCAUCUAACCAACUGUACAUCGCUGACGCUUAUUUUGGCUUAUUGGCGGUGGGAUCCAAUGGAGGACCUGCAACCCAAGCUGCUACCAGUGCAGAAGGAGUGCCCUUUCGCUUCCUUAGUGGUUUGGACGUUGACCCAGUAACCGGUACAGUUUACAUUACGGACUUCAGUACUGAAUACGAGCUAAGGGAUAUAAGGCAGGCACUUGUAUCUGGCAAUGCCACAGUUCUGAGCGACACAACUGGAAGGUUAUUAAAAUAUGACCCACGGACCAGCCAGGUUAACGUGUUGCUGAGAAACCUAUCUGGGGCAUUUAACGCUAACAGGAUCCAAAAGUUUUGGUUUGAAGGUACAAAGGCAUCCACAGCUGAAAUUUUAGUUGGCCUCGAGGGAAGGCCAACUAACAUUAGAACCACAUUAGAAAGUUUCUGGGUGGCAGUAAGCAUCCAAAGUACUCCAACAACAGUGCCCACAGCACAAAGGAUCGACCCCUAUGGCAACAUUUUGGAGUCACUCAACUUUGCUGCCCAAUAUGGCUCUAAUCUGCUGAGUGAAGUUCAGGAAUAUCAUGGUGCAUUAUAUAUAGGGGCAGGACCCUCUGCGGAUUUUGUUGGUUACUUCAAGGUUUAA